ACAUUUUAGAUUGCAUUCGCUCGCCUUGGCGGUAGAAGUUUUUCUGACGAUGUGGCCAUUAUGACGCAGUGAACGAUUAAUAAUGGAUAACAUCCAGGGCCUGGCAGAAUCCAAGGGACGAAACAAGUCAUCGCCGUACAAGUGUCUCACAACCCUCGCAGCAUUCCUAAGCAUACUCGAGUUUCUGGAAGUAUGGGGCUGCGGGUGGACUCUCCUUACGCUAUUGAGUCCCGACGACUUGAAUCCCAGUCUAUGGAAUGGGACAACAGUGGCACAGCAGUUCCACGAUAUUCCUCUGCGGGAACAAUACGUCAUUUGCGUCGUGGCUUAUUUAGCAUUUUUCCUUCUCUUCGUCAUCACCUCCUUUUUACUACUAUGGGGAAAUUGGUACAACAAGAUAACGCCCUUCCUGAUGUACCAGGCAACCGUGGUACUUUCCGUCUUGCUGAGCAUCAUCAUUACCAUCUAUUUUGUGGCCAAUGACCAUGAAAGAGCAUUUCUGUUCAUAACGAACCCCGAAGACGGACGUUCCAUUCCCUAUCUCCUCCUGCUCCUCUACUUUUCGCGUUACUUCGCUGUAGGAUGGAUUCUCAAAGCUGCCUUCAUAUCAUGUUCGAGCCAGAGGCGGAACCGUAUCGAAGAAGACAAAGACAUCCAGGGGGAAGUCGAUAAAGCAUUCAAGAAUGUCUUCGAUAGCGUCCAUGACAAGAACACUGCGAGGGGAAGACACUACGAGGAGGAUCGACCGCCUUCGGUGCCAGAGUAUGUCCAAAAGAUUCCAAGGAUUCGUCUCAGCCAUGCAGGCGGCUACAUCAAUAAAGGCUUCGAGUACGAUGGAAGGGCACCGGCUGAGAGUCGUUAUGCUGACCACACGAGACACUCCGAGGAUGACUACAUGGAACGUUACGGGAUGCGAGACCUCCAAGACUACGCCGCUGUGGAUCUACGUCCCAAGCACAGAAGGUCGCGAAGUGAAGACCUGUAUGGCCAGCAUCUCAAUGGUACUACUUAUCAAGACAACAGUGGCAGGCUUCCCGCUGAUCCACCAAUAGAACUUGGAGAUCUUUCACCGAGUGACGUUCGCAAGAGUCGUCCCUUGUCUGGCUACUCGUUCCGUGAAGGCUUCGGGUAUGGUCCUGGCCCUCGAGGCUACGACGUUCCCUCGCCGCAUUCAGAACCCAAGAGCAGUGUGGGACACGGUGAGCACCAAGGGCUAAGACGUGAAGAGAGCUUGGUACGAAGACUGUCUGCUCGCUACGAGGAUAACGCGGGCCUACGGAGUGGACCUGCUCCCACAGGUGGUGUGCCAGCGAUAGGACCCGCGUCCAUACGUAGAGUGCCAGCAAGGACAAUUCCGAACUACUAUUGAAUGGGAUACCUGCUGAAGAAUGGGAAGGAAGAGUCAACUAGUCGCUGUACUCUAGCUCGCCAUCAGUGUAUUAGGUAGUGACCUUGAAAUACGAAUGCAGAUGAGCCCCAAGAAACUUUCCAAGAGUGAAACGGGUGCAUAAUUUUUACCUCGUGGAUAAAAGGUACAAAUUGAAAUUGGGUCGUGAAACA